UCAGCCAUCUUUGGUGUUUGCUUACAUCAUUCCUCCAUUUCUCUCUCUAUCUCCCUCUUUCUCAUCCUUACCAAAAGUACAGUUACUGCUACUCACUUUCUCUCUUCUCUUUUUCUUUCUCACCGCAUUGGCCUGUUUUCUAAUUAAAAGAGCUAAAAAAAAGUAAAGCCUUUCUCUGAAAAUUGGUGCUGUAAACAUCUGCCAUGAACAGCGGUUUGAACAGGGAGAUUCCAGAUACUUUGGUUGUGAUGAUUGCAGAGAAGCAGAUAAUGAGAGUUGGGGGAAGGCAAGGGAUACCAGGAAGAGACAGGAGAGAGAAGGAGAUGGGCCCUCCAAAGCCUGCAACAGAAAUGAGUGGCGCUGCACCAAGAGACCCAUUGAUGCAUCGAGCUUUAACGUUUUGUUGGUUGUCUGAGAGAGAGAUGAUCAUAUGUGGUUUUGGGUUCCGGGGGCAUAAUCCAUUUUCUAUUUAAUCAAAGUGAACAACCCACUUUUAAUAUUGGCUUUUGGUCAUGUGGUUUGAAAUAGGUAGAGAUGAUGAGUUCUGUGUGCUUUCGAAGUCCAUUUUUUUGGCUUUUGGGUUCUGGUAAGAGAGACCAGACCACCUAAUUUCUUGAACAAUCAAAAAGAAGAGGUUUCGUGGAGAAAAUUGCGCCUUUGGCAUUUCAUUUCACCAUUAGCUAUAGCGAUUCUGCAAAUUGAUGGGAGGGUCUUUUUUACCUGAUGAAAGAAUGAUAAAUUCAGCUGAGGAUGGCAAAUAACCAAUAGGAGCAACUGAAGUUCUGUGCCCAAGAAACAAGUUCCUAAAUAUCUAACCUGAUUGUGGAGGAAGGAAAUCUACUGAAAACACCGUAGCCAAAUCAUGACUGGGUAUCCUGUGCCAACAAAUGAUGUUGGGGAUGAUCUCCAUAUGACAAAUGAUGAAGUGGUUAUUUACACUAGUUCUUCCAUUUCUAGAAAUAUACCAUUUGGUGGACCUGGUAUUAGAGAUUCUUCAGUUGUCAGUUCUCAGUCCAUUGAUAACAGUGAGUUUCAGAGGCAGCUCGUGGAAGGUGCAUCCCUGACUGCCGCAUCACUAGCUACCCUUUUGGCAACAAAUGGUGGUGUGCAUGAAGAUCUCAACGGGGUUAUGAUUUCCUCUUCCUCAGCAUUUUCAUUGGAAGAUUUGAGAACAUUUGCUUCGAAUGGCUGCUGUGAUACAUCAAAUUCCUCUCUUUCAGCCUCUGUGAACUGUGGAUAUAAUGGAGGAAAUGAUUUUGUGCCAUAUAUAGAUCCCAAAAAAGAUGCAAGUAUGACUGGUCAACUGGAUGGUAAAUGGGACUCUACCAAGUUGCUGGGUCCUCAGGAGAUCAGUGCAAAAGCCUCUGUUAGAAUGGUAUGUCAACCACACAGUUUCAUGGGAAACUUGGACCCACAUGUAUGGACUUCCUCUAACAAGUCCAAUAUCAGUGUAAAUAACCUAUAUGGAUACUUUAUGCACGGUAAUGAGCUAUCUCUUAGCCUGGCAAUGUGCCAACCAUCUAUUAUCAGUGUCCCAACCAUCACAGAUCAGUGCUCGGAAAUAAGCAGCUCAGGUAUUAUACGGCAAUCCUUACAUAAUGGGCUGGGAGUGGGUUUUGGUUUAGAGAAUGCAUAUGGAAAGAGGAAGGAGCUUUCUCUGGGUUUUGGUUCAUGUAUGCCUAUUCACUUUUCACAGAUAGUAUCUGGAUCAAAAUAUCGCCAUGUAGCUCAGCAGAUACUUUCUGAAAUUGCAACCUAUUCUCUCAAAAAUGUAGAUUGCAUGAGCUAUUCAACAGUAGGGAUUGGAACUGAGCCAAAAAUUCCAUUAUCAUCUGAAAGAGAAGUUCAAACAAAGGUGUCAGAUGAAACCGAAGCCAAGAAAGCUCAACUAUUGGCUCUAUUGCAAGUGGUUGAUAACAGAUACAACCAAUGCUUGGAUGAGAUUCAUACAGUCAUAUCUGCAUUCCAUGCUGCAACUGAGCUGGACCCUCAGAUACAUGCUCGUUUUGUUCUUCGGACAAUCUCUUUUCUAUAUAGCAAUCUACGGGAGAGAAUUGCCAAUCAAAUCCUUGCAACUAGAGAACACAUCAAUAGUGGAUGCAUCGGAGAGGAGAAGUCAUUUGAAUCAUCUUUCCUCCAAAAGCAAUGCGCUCUGCAGCAGCUAAGAAGAAAAGAUCAUCAGUCAUGGAGACCACAAAGAGGCUUGCCAGAAAGAUCUGUCUCAGUUUUACGGGCAUGGAUGUUUCAAAACUUCCUCCAUCCGUAUCCAAAGGAUGCAGAGAAGCAUCUGCUUGCAAUCAGAAGUGGAUUGACAAGGAGCCAGGUAUCCAAUUGGUUUAUAAAUGCACGGGUUCGUCUCUGGAAACCUAUGAUAGAAGAAAUGUACUCAGAGAUGAAUUACAGGAAAGGUCAUCGAACUGAAGAUGGAAAGGACAAUGAUCGCAGAAGUCAAAUGAGAAUUGAUAACCAGAGAAUGCGAAUGAACUGAUGAAUCAAGAUGGAAAUUCGACUCACGUGCACGACUGAGCUGUAGAGUGAUCACCACUUGUGGGAUGAGAGAUGCAGAUGGAUUGAAGUUAAUUGCUCCUACCUUCUGCGUGCUAUGUUCUUUUUCAUGGAGUUGAUGAGUUUCACUUAUUUGGUCCUUUCUUCCAUGUGAGGAUAACUGAAGCAGAGAAAAGUGGAUCACCAUUAUUUCUAUCUCAUUCAGCUGAACUGAAGUGAAAGAUCAUGCAUGCUGGCUUCUUCACGCAAGAUCUUGUAUAUAGUGACGUAUGUAUCCGGUUGGAUGAUUAGGCACCAACAUCCAUUAUUGUCCUUCUCUUGCGUGAAUAUUGCAUUUCUGAACAUGUUAACUCUGAACUAAAAGGUUUACCAAAAAAAAAAAAAAAAAAAAAACUCUGAACUAUGAUGAGGUCAUUAUAUUCUGGUAAUUUAUGAUUUUAUGUUAAAGCUUUUUCUCAUGUUUAUAUAAUUACAACUUC